UAGAUCACGCUUAACGUCGGUUAAAAAUAGCCCACGUGCAACAGCAGCAGCAUUGAAGCCAAAAUGCAUCAGUCAUUUCCACACAUUUGCAGGCACAAGCGCAUCGGGCAGCUGUUCUUUCUUUCAAUUAGUGGAGAAUAUUCUUGAAAGGUUCAUUCACAAAAAUGGGAGGACACUCAGAGUCUAAAGUGUACAUUUCCGAUAAGCUGCCGGAUUCGCUGCGCAAGAAUAUGCAAAUUUUCCAGGCUAAAAAUGAUUUACCCGUGUUCCUGAAGGGAGGUCCAGUGGAUAAGGCCCUUUACUUCACCACCGUCGCUCUUUGCGGUCUCGGACUUCUGGGAAUCAUUCGAUAUGUAUACUCCGCCGGAUUCGCCUCCAAGAAGAAGUGAAAAAUGUGAUAUUCAUAUUAAAGAUCAUCGUAGUUUUAAUCUUCGAAAAUAAA